AUGCCUUGGAGGAGACCACAUGGACAACCUGUCAUCGUCGUCCGUGUAAGUUUGAAUAAACGAUAUGCUAUUCUAUGCUAUCAGCCACGUGACAAUGCGUGGUUGCGGCUCAAUUUACCUGAAGUACCUGAGGUUCGUAUCGGAGGAGAAAUAAUUACGUGUCGUGGUGACGUAUUUUUAAUUUCCGACAAAGGGUAGGCCCUUUAUCGUUUUCGGUUGCCAUCUACCUGCUUGGUGCAAAAGCAAUUUUCAUCCCCCGGAAAACACGUGGUCGAUCAAUGUAUACGAUGCCUGGAAGUUCAGAUGCAUUGGACAAGAAAAAACCCCGCGUCUAAGUUCGCAAAUUACGACCUCGCUCUUCGCCACUGGGGACGUUUCGCGAGGAGGAACGUCUCCUCCUCGCAAAACGUUCCCAGCGUCGAGGAGGGAGGAAACGGCUGUUUUCGCAAGCAACGACCUACAUAAACAAAUUUUCCUUGCAAACAACGAAUUUUACGCCUUGGCUUGUGAAUCAUCUUGCGAAUGGUGUUUCCAGACUAGUCGUGAGAAUGGAAGAUAUCCAUUAUUAGUGAACACCUUUUGCUUGAAUUUUAAACAGCAUGAAUCCUUCGUGGCGAAGUAUCACGCUGAAUCAAACUUUUGGGACGAAGUAGCACCAUUUCCUUUGGGCUGGAGAUACGGAAUCUGCAUUGUAGCCAAAGACAAUUUUAUUUAUUUUCUCGGUGGUUCUAGCCGUGAGGAUGGGAAGCUUCUUGCGAAAGCUGGAAGAUGUGACCUCCGUACAAACAAGUGGGUCAAGAUAGCUGACCUUCGAAGGCCGAGAAUGUUCGCCUAUGGAGCUUAUGCUUACGGGAAAGUUUUCAUUGUUGGUGGAGAUGCACGAGUCGAUGCGCGAGAAGUAACGAGUGUUAAAGCAUAUGACGAACUAACAAACAAAUGGCAUUUGGAAGCAUCCAUCACCAUGUGGCCUUGCCCCUGUUUCCCGAAAGUAGUGUGUGUUGACAAAAGGUUGUUUGCUCUACACCAGCAUAUUAGAGAGUAUUUCUUGUACGUUAGAUGCUAUGACUGGGACAAUAAUUCA